UGAGUGAUGCUGGGACUGAAGGGGGAGGGUUAAUAUCUGGGCUCUCACUGAUGCUCGAGCUGUAUCCGUGCAGCAGAGCUACCGCAGGGGUGCAGGACUCAUCAUCAGACCUGUGAGACCUGGUCCUGGUUCCUCCACUCUUCUCUGUUGUGUUGAAGCGGAUCCGGAGCAAAGCUGGAGUCGGCGGUGCACGGUCCUCCCCCGGACCCGCAGCAGUUCCAGUGGAGCGGCACGGAGAGGCAGCCUCCGCCCUGGACCGAUGAACUGGCUGAGAUGUCCCGGCACAUCUACACCCGUCACGGGAUAGGAGAGGGGAUGCAGAAGCCAGUGUUCCAGGCCAACAGAGGGACUUACUCCAGACGCAGCCGCCUGAAGAGGUCUGACGGCAGCACCACCUCCACCAGCUUCAUCCUCAGACAGGGCUCAGCUGAUUCCUACACAAGCCGACCGUCUGACUCGGAUGUGUCCCUGGAGGAGGAGAAGGAGGGCGGCCGGCAGGAGAGGGAGCAGCAGGCCACUGUUCAGCUCGAGAGGGCAAAGACUAAAACUGUGGCCUUUGCUGUGAGGACAAAUGUCAGCUACUGCGGCGCUCUGGAUGAGGAUGUUCCUGUGGCUGGGACUGCUGUCAACUUUGAUGCCAAGGACUUCCUCCACAUCAAAGAGAAAUACAACAACGACUGGUGGAUCGGCCGUCUGGUGAAAGAAGGCUGCGACAUCGGCUUCAUCCCGAGCCCUCUGAAGCUUGAAAACAUCCGACUCCAGCAGGAGCAGAAGAGGGGACGCUUCCACGGCAGCAAGUCCAGUGGGAAUUCCUCCUCCAGUCUGGGAGACAUGGUGUCAGGAACGUUCAAACCGAACCCAAACUCAGCUGGAAAGCAGAAACAGAAAGUGGCUGAGCACAUCCCUCCAUAUGACGUGGUUCCCUCGAUGAGGCCGGUUGUCCUGGUGGGACCGUCUCUGAAAGGUUAUGAGGUGACAGAUAUGAUGCAGAAGGCGCUGUUUGAUUUCCUGAAGCACAGGUUUGACGGGAGGAUAUCCAUCACACGGGUAACAGCUGACAUAUCGUUGGCCAAGAGGUCAGUACUAAACAACCCCAGUAAGAGGGCCAUCAUUGAGAGAUCCAACACCCGCUCCAGCCUUGCCGAGGUCCAGAGUGAGAUAGAGAGGAUCUUUGAGCUGGCCAGGUCCCUGCAGCUGGUGGUGUUGGAUGCAGACACCAUUAACCAUCCAGCACAGCUCAUCAAGACCUCAUUAGCACCAAUUAUCGUCCAUGUUAAGGUGUCCUCGCCUAAGGUGCUCCAGCGGCUGAUCAAAUCAAGAGGAAAAUCUCAAAGCAAACACUUGAAUGUGCAGCUUGUUGCGGCUGAAAAACUAUCCCAGUGUCCGACUGAGAUGUUUGAUAUCAUUCUGGAUGAGAACCAGCUGGAGGAUGCGUGCGAACACCUGGCAGAGUACCUGGAGGCAUACUGGCGUGCUACACACACUUCACUAAGCACACCGCUCAACCCCCUGCUGGGACGCAAUCUGGGCUCCACAGCGCUCUCCCCCUAUCCUGCUGUCAUUCAGGCCCAAAGAAACCGCAACAGCAACCACACAACAACAGACCACUCCCCAGUUGAACGCCGCAGCCUGAUGCCCGCCGACGAGAACUACCACAACGAACGGGCGAGGAAAAAUCGCAACCGCCUCUCCUCAGGCUCGCAGCACAGCCGAGACCACUCUCCUCUGGUGGAGGAGGACUACCAGGAUCCCUACCAGGAUUCUUACAAGCCUCAUCGCAACCGAGGAUCCCCAGGAGGCUACAACCACGACUCCAGGCAGCGGCUUUGAGCUGUGACCGCCUGUAAAUCAAGUGUAGGCCUGUCUUUCUCUUACCAACCACUCCGGGCAUAAGAGUCAAGGCUGUUUGCUGUAACAUGAAGAAACUACUACACUCAUCUGGACCUCAACAACCUCGUUUUGAUGUGUAGUACCUUUUUUCCCCUCUGGCCUUGGCUCCUGCCAAAUGAGCAUAUGAACCUUAAAAAAUAAAAUAAAACCUGCUUCUUGCUUUGAUGUGAAAAAAGGGAAGGGACUGAAUCUGAAAGUAGCACAAGAUUAGAGAAGUUUUAAAGGGAGGACUGAAGCUGGACCUGCUCUUAUUAUUCCCCAGAUGUUGCCUGUGAGUAAAGUGUACUAGCAGGUGUUCGAUAUAGGCUCUUCUGGACCCUCCCUGCCAUCUCAGCUGUUACUGUAGCAUGCAGGUAGGACUGUACAGGUCACUACUUGCCUCAGCCAGACAGCAAGAGCAUCCAGCGGUUGAUGAUGAUGAGCACAGAACCUGUUUGCACGCGUCCGGGAGCUGCUCGAAGCAGAUGCAUCUUUAAUGCUCCUCAAGUUUGUUUGCCACUGUCCUCGAUGUGAGUGUAAUAAAUCCUGUGGAAGCCUGUUCCUAAAUCCAGAGAUUUAAACAUUUGUUUUUGAACAUGGGUGGUGUUUAGUUCUCUUUGGAGUCUCAGCUCUCUGUUUUCUCUUUUUGGCCACUCUAAUGCCACUUUUUCAUCAAAACAAGACAGAUAUAUUAAAAAAAACCAUACAGAUACUAUACAUAUUAAAGCGCCACACAUCAGGAAUGAGGUUUGAUAAUUCCUAAUGCUAUUUUUGUCAGUAGCCAUAUCACAUAGACAGAUCUAUAUUUGAAUCAAGCAGAUACUAAUAUAUUUAAAAAGUCCAAACCUCAGGAAUCAGAGGUGGUUGAGAUGACGUGGAAGUGUCCUGACACAUGUAGACUUUCAGGUCCUACCCAUGUGAGAGGAAUUUGUUUCCUUGUUAUGAUUACACCUCAAGUAUUGCAAGAAAUCUACAUGUUACAAUAAAUGAACGCUUCUGGGAAAGGAGUCAUCAGAAAGUGACUAUAUGCCAUACAUUAGUCAACUGCUGUUGUCUGUAAUGUGCUGAGCAGGAUAUUUCGGGAGUUGCAAGAGUUUGAUUUGAGUUAGUGAUUGACUUAGAGGGCGUCCACGUGUAAAUACAUUCAAACUACAGGAAGAGACAUUAGCUUAUUUCAGAUUUCACUUUCAGUAUGAUAAAACAUUCCAGUCGUUUCUUCCUGCAAAGCUUUGCAGAUACUUUCCAGCAUCUAGAAAAAACCCCACAACAUUCCUCCAUCAAAUUUUAUUAUAACAGAUUUUAUGGAAAUAAACUAAAUUGAAUUUUUCUCUUGAGUAGCAGUUCUAACAGGUUCCCCUCUCCUGAUACACAGCUGUGGCUUUGUACUCAAUCUGAAGACUCCUAAUGAAUGAUGUGAAAGCACUUGAGCAGGACAACACUGCAUUCAUCAGAAAUGUCUUUUACAUGUUCUUCUCUGGAAAUGGAGAACAGUUCCCAGAACUCUUAAUCAUAUAAACGUACUUGAAUGCUGCCAGAAAAAAACAUAACUAACAUAUUUAAACUUUUUAACAUCAUAUCCUGGAAUCUAAUUUUUCCUUUCCGUUCAUUGACUGGAGGAUCUCUUUGUGCUCCAGUGACUCUGAGAACGAGGAUUAACAUGGAGACGUCGUCAGUUCUACUCUGCCAUUCACAGUAGCUUUUGUUGUUGUUGUUUCAAAACUCUGGAGCAACAGUUUAAAAAGAAAAGUUAAAUACUGCCUGUGAGAGAAUGAUGCAUUUAUUAGAAGUUUGUGUGCACUGUCAUUUUACAAUUGUAAUGAAAUAAACUGCCCUUAUGCUGUUGUA